GGGUGUCACGGCUGGUGUCCGGGGGCCGGUGGGACUGUCUGACUGCGGGGGAUUCGUGCUCCAGCGAUGAGGCGUGCAGCCCACGCUUGAGAACGCUGCGGCAGUGUGUCGCAGGCGGCGGAAGCGUGAAGCUGGGACCGGGUGCGCGCAACCACUGUGAGAACGCAGUGACGGCCCUGCUGUCCAGCCCCCUGCACCGAUGCCAGUGCAAACGGGGUAUGAAGAGAGAGAAAAACUGUCUUAGCAUCUACUGGAGCCUCAAGCAGUCCGUGCUGCACGGGCUGAGCCUGGUGGAGAAUUACCCCUAUGAGCCUGUCGAGCGGGGCUUUGAUUAUGUUCGCCUGGCCUCCAUCGCUGCAGAGUCUGAGGUGGGCAUGACAACAGUGAACCGUUGUUUGGAUGCUGCCAAGGCUUGUAAUGUCGAUGAGACGUGUCAGAAACUACGUACGGAGUAUGUGUCGGCGUGCAUCGCCCCAUCAGCGCGAGCCGGGCCCUGCAACAGAGCACGCUGCAGCAAAGCACUGAGGAAGUUCUUUGACCGUGUGCCGCCUGACUACACGCACGAGCUGCUCUUCUGUCCGUGCUCCGACACGGCAUGCUCAGAACGACGGCGCCAGACCAUUGUGCCUGCGUGCUCGUAUGAAGAAAGGGAAAAACCCAAUUGCCUGGCACAACUUCGAGUUUGUGAGGCAGACUAUGUGUGCAAGUCUCGCUGGGCUCAGUUCCAGCACGACUGCCAACCCUCCGAGCUUACUGCCAGCGGCUGCCAGCAAGAAAAUUACGGAGCCUGCCUUGUUGCGUACACCGGCCUGAUAGGUAGCAUUAUCACUCCAAACUACCUAGAUAACUCUACAUCCAAUGUGGGAGCAUGGUGCUCUUGUGCGGCUAGUGGGAAUUUCCGAGAUCAGUGCAACCACUUCCUUGGCCAUUUCCAUGACAACAAUUGCUUGAAGAAUGCCAUCCUGGCUUUUGGGAAUGACACAGAUCUGAAAUCUGCGACAAACCAAGCUCCGGGCUCCAACACCAAGCAGAUCUUAGUUGCCAGCACUGAGACCACCACUACCACCAUUGGUUCUGGCAUGGAGACAGAGCAGAACAUCCUGCGUCCACAGAUGCCCACACAGAUGAAUGAGAGAGACAGACUGUGGGGGGAUUCCACGCUCCCGUCCCCUGAUCCCUAUGACGCCAGUCCUGCAGCAGCCCACCUGGCCAUGGUAAUGUGGCUCCUCCCCAUCCUGCUGCUGGCUCUCCAACUUUAAAAUCUAGCAACCAAUCAAAGCACCACAGAACUGGGACAGCGUGCGUGUGUUCAUGAUUUUCGACUUAUCGCAUCACAAUAACUUGUUUGGAGAGGACGCAAGAACUGCCAAGCUCUCUAAAUGUAUGAAACCCUGCUCCAUUCCUCAAAGCAACAUAGUGAUUCAUUGUCUGGGGGUUCAUAAUGACUGACUUCAAGGGUUUAAAUAAUUGUCUCUCUCGCUCUUAAUUUGAACUGAAGAUGGUGCCCAUGUAAAAUAAAACCCCCUCUCUUCAAAGCGAGCGCCUGAAAGGUAGUCAACGGGUGGCUGAGUCAUGCCUACGCUACAAAUUUCACAC